GGUUUCAAAAACAAGCACAAUUUUGUGUAUAGAAAUGGCGUAUGCACCCGAGAUAUACACCCGUUUCUUCAGUAAUACUGAUAACUAUUUCAACCUUGAGGACAUUCUGUCGUCCCAAGAGAAAGUACCAGUCAAAACAGAACUGCCCAUGUUUCGUUUGGGGUUUUUAAACUCGAGUUCUGACAAUGAACAUAUCCUGCCCGGAACAAAAAUGGAGUUGCCGUUUUGGUUGGCGACGGGUCUGUGCAGUCGAAAGAGAAAGAUCGUAAGCGUAGAAAUGCCCAAGUUUUACCGGGCUGGAUACAGAGAAAUCUUCACUGCAGAUGCCAAUGUAGUGGAUCUUCACAAAUUGGGGCCUUACUUCUACUCGUUUGGAACCAAACUGCUGUGUUUCGAGUUGAAUGAAUCGGAUGAUGUUGCCAAGUCAUUACUCCAGACAUUCAUAGACCGCUUCCGUCGCAUCAUGGACAAUUCUCAGAAUGCACUGAACCAGGAAACAUCCAAGCUGACAGACAAGCUGGAUGAGAUGGAACGAUCCCUCUUCAGAGCCAGUCAACAGAGCCUGUUCGAUUUCCAGAAGUGGGAAACAAGAAAGAUGACGAAGAUGUCGGCAUCGGACAUGGUGGUGAGCCACAGAAAGAGGAAGAGAGCAGCAAUGGACGAAGGAGAUUGACUCGUACCCAACCUUUCAUGAACAUAAACAUAUCCAAAAAAUAACUACUCCUCUGGGACUGAGCAUUAGUAGUAAUUUACUAAAAUCAAAUCAAGCCGAGUCUAUCAUUUGGUUUUACCCUUACCCCGAUGUGUAAGCACUGUAUAUAUUGUACUCAGUACUUUCCCCCAAGUUCUGUGGAAAAAAAUUAACGGGAAUAUUACUCAGGAGAGAUCCAAACCCACGACCUUUGCUAAUCUAGGGCAGAUGUACUGCCAACUAGACCACCGAGAUAGCCCGGUAGCUAGACAUGCUAGCAGUUCAAAUCCUAUAUUUUAGCAGCGGGUACUGCAAUGAUUUAAUGGUUGAUGUAAAAUUUGUACCGAUGAUAAAGAAUAUUGUUUUUGGUUAAACCCUUACACCGAUGUGUGUAAGCACUGUAUACUCGGUACUUUCCCCAAGUUCUGUGAAUAAAAUCACAGGCACAUUACUCCCGUGGUAUUCAAACCCACUUUUGCCAAGAGCAGAUGUCCCACCAAAGUCUCCGAGAUGACAACUAUGAUAGAAACCCCUGGCCCUAAUCAGCAUACAAUGCAGCCUGAUUUUAAAGGGAUUGUAAAAUUAAUGACCAUAAAAAGACAUACUGUAUGACUUCACAGGUGUUCUGUUAUUUACAAUAUUUAUUUUACAAUAGCCAUGUCUUACAUUAUUAACUAGUUAUUAAAUUAGUACACAAGUCCAAAGUUCUUAACAAAUGCAACUUAAGUACUGAAAGUUCUGCCCUCAAGUGUGACUAAUUUUUAUCCCAACUCCUUUGUGCUGAACUCCAUGCAGGCAUGGAUCCUUCCUUACCCUAACAAAUUCUAACACCAUGGUAGCUCAACAUCCCAACUGUUGGACUCUGAUUAUGGUGAUUGGUGGUAUGCCUGAUCCUAAGUAAAAACAUUUCACGCCAGCAGAAAACAUAACUUUGUUUUGAAAAUGAAGAAAAAGUAUUGACAAAAUGUUUAGUUAGAUACACAAAAGUAAAGUUAAUGUCACUAAUUCUUUUCUUAGUAAAACAAGAAUUAAAGGCAGUGGACACUAUUGGUAAUUACUCAAAAUAAUUAUUAGCAUAAAACCUUUCUUGGUGACGAGU